UAUUAGCCCGACAAUUUUUUGUGGGACGAUGGGGAUGGGGUCUAAGUGAAUGAGGACUGAACGCACUCGAUGACUCGAAUAUACAAUUUGCUGUUUGCUAUAAAUAGUUUAUAUUACUCAUCUUAUGUCUAAUACGGUUGAUUGUCUAUUUGCAUUGUUUCUUUAUAUUGGUCUUGCUUCGAUAAUAAUGAUAUUGUUAUCUCAGGAUAAAGUUACGUUGCUGGGUGCAUCCAAUCUGAGGCGGUACGGCAACAAAGUCCUACUACAACGCAACUGUCGGAUGAAGGUGUUAAACCAAAAAAAUGUUAAAAUUUACGUACAACUGGCCAUCGGCGGCCAGACAAUUGCCCAGCUGCAGAAACGGGGGCAGCGAUGCAAAUCGCCUAAUUUUAGUUACAAAUUGGCCAAGGAAGUGGUUCUAAUGAUUGGAACAAAUGAUAUUCUUAGGAAUACGAAAUACCAUAUAAUGAGGACGGGCCUCUUGCGUAUAUUGACAUCUUUAAAAAGUCAAGAGGUCCGGAAAGUAUACUUGUGCACGUUGGCGCCCAUUUUAGGCGCCACAGAAACCCAACGCGCGGCGUUGGAUCAGUACAAUAAUUUUAUUAGGGGUUACACAGAUAGACGCGUCCAAGUUUGUGAUAUAAAUGCAGCCCUUGGUGGAAGAAGGGAAUGUUUUGAGACAGACGGCAUACACCUCAACGACUACGGGAUACAAGUAGUUCACAGUGUCUUGCCCGGUGAAUUAUUGUUAUAGAUUGUUUUUUUAGGCUAGUAGUUUGGU